AUGGAAGUCGACUACCGACUCAAUUUCAAGCUCUCCGGCCACUCUGGCGCCAUCAUCUCCCUUAGCGUCCGCCAUGAUGGGAAGUUCCUGGCAAGCGGAGGCUCCGACGGCACGAAAGUCUGGGAACUCUCUGGGCGGCGCGCAGUUAGCGUCCCUGCAUCGCCUGAUCUUCGUGGUGCAACAACGAGCUUGUUGUGGAUCAAACGAGAGGACGACAUCGGCGAGGCGCUCGUAAUAGGCACUCAUGCUGGUUACGUUGCAGGUUGGCGUGAGGAAACUUCGGGAAUGACCUUCACCGAGAUGUGGGCGCGUCAAUUGUCUGAGCCAAUGGAAAUUACUGGGCUGGCAUUUGACGCGCCAACUAAUCGAUUGGGUGUCUGUCAUCGAGGCGGUGUUCUGCAGGUAUACACCCUUAGCGCAGCAAUGGUUUUGCAUGAGGUUUUCUCGUUCAAAAUUCAGAACUGUGUUCCACGCGCCAUCGGUUUCGGGUCAAUGAACGGUGACCAGCGUGAACUCCUCUUGUUUGGAUUAUACUGUGGCAAGGCCUACAGCCUAAACGGGCGGCACAAUUUCGACAGCCAACAGGGCUUGGAAUAUUGGAUCGACCAUGUAAGUCAAGAUAAGGCUGCAGAGUCGAACGGUGUUCUUUGUAUCGACGAUCCGUCCAGCGGCAUCAACCUGUAUCGACUCACAGAGCGUGAGCUCGUCAAAAGCUUCCCAAUGAAAAAGACUGCACGCAUUCGGAACGUGGCUAUCGGAGACGGAUGCAGUUCCAUCGUUAGCGGCAGCGACUGCGGCGUGGUUUAUAUCCAUGAUCGACGUAGUGGGAAACUUGUGGCGGAGUUGAAGAUCGAAGGCGCUGAUUGGGUUCAGACGGUUGCGGCCGGCAAUGUUGGAGGAGUCCCAUAUAUCUUCGCAGCUCAAUCUCGCGAGACAACAGUCAACGACAUCUUGGUCUACCACAAACAACCCAAUCGGCGCCGCUUCCUUCAGCGCGUCGGCGAGACAUUCUUUCGCCUCUUCUGGGCGGUGAUGGCGGUUGCCGGACUCGCGUUUUUCUAUCAGCAUGCGAACAUUACGCUUGUUGAUCGCGUCGUCGAACGAGUGUUGACAGUUGUGUAA